UCGAGAGAGAAGAGUCACGAAAUAGCGCUCAGUGCCUACGGAAUAUUAAAUAGUUCUGGAGAGCGCAUACUGAUCCGACUAAGCACCGCGCGUUUACUAAUCUAUAUCGUACUAGUUUAUGCUAAUCGUUAUUAUCGCGAUGAACUUUUACGCUUUUUGUGUUUUCAUUUUCAUCGGGUGCAGUGCGUUCGACUCUGUGGUAUCCUUCGUGAGAGCAAAAAAAGAUGACCGUGUGUUUCAUUACCAGCAGGCCAUCGUCGUGCAAAAUUAUGCACCGAAUGGCACCCUUACUGGCUGCGCAGUCAUGGAAGUAUAUGAAAAAUCGGACGAACAGUCGAUGUUGAACAUUUUCAAAACAUUUGGUGUACCUACUUCGGAAAUAACAAUGGCCAAAAUAGUUUCACUUAUGCAAGAAUGUGAUACUCUGAAUGAAGCUACUGAGUACAAGAAAUUUUCAAACUCUGACGACAUUGAUAUCAGAAAAGUAGCUAUGAAGAUGCAACUCAUUUUCCCAGGGACAAAAUGGUGUGGACCCGGAUCUUCAGCUUCGGGUUAUCACGAGUUGGGAGCUGAUGCUGUUGUUGAUAAAUGUUGCCGAGCUCACGAUUUUUGCCCGAUAAAAAUUAUACCGCACGAUAAGCGGUAUGGUCUUCGAAAUGAUUAUCGUUCAACUAUAUCUCAUUGUUUCUGCGAUCAAAUGUUUUACAAUUGCCUCACACCGAUUCAAAAUUGGCGGGCAAAAAUGAUAAAAAAUCUUUACUUCCGGCCAGUGGCAAAGAGUCAAUGUAUUGAAGGGCUUCCAGAAAAUUUCGAGAAAAUGGAGUUAGUUCCUAUUAAACCUGUGACAGAUACCGUAGAAUUGUCCCCUGUGGAAAUCGAUAAAGAUCUUGAAGAUCCGGAACUAAUAAUGGAUUAAAUUUACUUUUAAGAAAAGUCGAUCAAUAUCGUAGUCAUGAGGAAUAUAUUUAUAUCAGAAAUGUCAGUGCUGCACAUAUCGUUCGGUUACCACCAAACUAAUACCAACAUUCUGUUUAUCUUUUUAAUACUGAUGAAGAAGUUUCGCAAUUUCAAAUGGUAGUUCGUUAACUUUUAAAAUAUUGCAAUACGAAUAUAUGAUUGAAUGAUAUUCACCCGUUGCAUGGAGGAGCGCGUCUACUUUUCGUUUUUUCAAAAGCCUUAAAAAAAAGGAUACCGUGUAACAUCAAAAGCUUCUCCGCGUCAGACUUACUCUCGUCAAGUCAAUAGUUCAAUAUUGAACAUUGACGUUAUAUUUGCAAAUGGUAUUGGGAAUAUAUAGUGAUGUUUCAUUUACGUACGUUUUCAUUAGAUAUACGGCAUAAUACAUGGCAUACCUGUAAGAAAAGAAAAGUAUUUAGGUUAAUGCACCUACAAUUUUUGUAUACUCAUAAAUAUUUUCAAUUUUAAAUACAAUGAAAUGUUUAUCAAAAAUGUUCAAUUCACGUUCUGCCCACUCUUAAUUUGAGUUAAAUAUUGUGUAAAUAUGUUAAUUUUUUCACAACAUUAUUUUAACAAUAUUCGCAUUUGCGUGUGCGUUUUGAUUUGCAAAUAAUUCGAUACUAACACUAUAAGUGAUUUAAUUAAAGUCACGUGCCACAAACGAAUUUACUGAGUUUCACUACUGGCACUGCGCUGCAGCCCUCACUCUUACUCCCUCUCUCUCUCUUCUGCGAGCGCUUGUAAGCGUUUGCGUUCGAAAGCAUCGGGAGGUCGGGCGCGUGUGCAAAGUUCAAUUUAAUUAGUCCAUAGCAACGAUAUUACCCGUUGAAGUGCCCACAACUCUUUAAUGCCUUGUGUGUGCCGUCGCAUGUAUAUAUCUACUUGUGCUUGCAGCGCUGACUUUGGCUGUAUAAAGUCGUAAAUAUACUAGUUUAUGGAAGGGUGAGAAAGAAGAGAAGAAUGAGAAAAGCUGAUAGUUUGUUAUGAGCCGCUCUUUUUGCCAAGAACAUGAAAAAUAAAUCGAACUUUUUAUGUUUCACUUGUUAUGAGGUGACUCUUGAAGAUACAUUUAAGAUUACGAGCAUUUAUAAGUUUAAGUUAAAAAUUAAAAUAAUUUCAAGCUCUAGGGAGUAUACAUGUACGUGUCCGAAUUAGUUUAUUUAGUAAUAAAAUGCUUUUGCUACUAAAAAAGUUCCAAUAUCGUACAUUCAUAUAAUACUUAUAUUGUUGAACAACAGCUCAACCUGAAUUUAUGUGUAUUGAGGUAAAUCUGAAAUGUAAACUGUUUAAUUUUGUAAUGUAGAUUACACAAAAAAGCCACGCAUACUUUUUAGCUUUCAUAAAUGUACUCAAUUCCUAUUUAUAUAUUUUUCAUUGCUCAUUUAAGCUUUGAUAAUCAUCGAAUAAAAUGAUAUAAUUUAUGUAAGUAGUAA